AUGAGCGAGAAUAUGCCGGUUACCAAAAAUGCAGGACUAGCACGAUUUGCGAAGAAGAUCAAGUUGGUUUACCAAGCUGCAUGUUCUGCCAAGAUUGCUAAUCAGAGAAGAUGCUCAAGGGAGCUUCCUAAAUGUGCAGCAUGCCGCCCUUGGCCCGGCGAAUGCGUCUAUCACAGGCAAAAUCCAAUCGCACAAUCUGACAAGAAAUGUUCCGUAAAUGAGCCAGCAAAGUUAGCAGCAAGCACACCCCUUCAAUACUCCAAAGGUGUCGACCAGCGUCUAUCUCGUGUUGAGAAAGCCUUGGAGACUCUCUCCGAAACAAUCAAUACCUCUCUCACCAAGAAUGCGGAUUCCGAAACCCCUUCAAUCCCGACAAGAUCAGAUCAUGAGGCUGCGUCAACCUACCAGCCACCAGCCGAUAGCCCCGAGCUUACCUUGGAUGACUCACAUUCAUUCGCCUAUUUGAGUGAAGCAUCUAGGCAUUUAGAGUCGAUCAAGAGUCAAUCAGUACCUGAGCAGCUCCCCGAGCACCAAGCAGCCUCCAUUGCACUGCAAGAUCUUUCUAAAUCCCUGACUACAAUUACUCUUCAACCACCUUACAAUGACACAGCAUCUUUUGAGCUCAUUAACGGUUAUUCCAUACCUUCAAAGCCCAUCGGAUACAGGCUAACGAUAUCAGACUUUCUCCAAAACGUGCAGCUCGCCGAAGUCUUAUUCAUCACACCAUCCGAAGAAACUCUCUUAAAUGCCAUAUUCAAUCCAGCUACCUUAUCUCAACGCGCUUGGAUCGUCUACAUCAACUUCAUCCUCCUCAGCCUCCUACAACACGACGCUUCGCAAGCAGAUAUCGUCGAAAACCUCAAGAAGAAUACAAACCUGGCACUAAACGACUUUAGAAUAUUCCUAGAGCCCAGUGAGACAAAUAUCCAGGCACUCAUGUUGCUAGGGUGCCACGGCGAACAAUAUGCUUCGCCCAAUCUAUCGUGGAUGCUCGUAGGCCAUGCCUGUCGCCAAGCUCAAGCAGUCGGAUUGCAUAACCUUAAAGGCGAUAGCUAUGAACGGCGACAACGUCGAUUGACACUCUUUUGGUCGCUCUUUUCUGUGGAUAAAUCUUGUUCCUUAGCAUUUGGCCGACCCAUGUUGCUUCCAACCGCCAUCUACGAAAAUGUGCCUCUACCUGAUUUCCAGUAUCUCUUAAAGUACCAUCCGCAUCGAAAAGAGCCUAUACAAACAGAGGAUGGACCUAUUACCUCAACAUUUGGCGCCCAUUACUUCAUCCAGGGAAUGCUAUUAGCAAGAAUGACUGGAGCUGUGCUGGAUUUUCUAGCAAACCCCGCAAAACUGAUUGUCUAUCAAACUUUGAUCGCCCAGCUGCAAUCGUGGGACUUGGUUACCAACGAGCUCCUAUUGAAAGCCAUCGAUACAGAAUCGGCCAACUCAACAGUCAAUCAGCUUCAAGAAAUGAUGAUUGGUAUCCGUGUCAUGAGAUUCCAGUAUCUUCACAUCCUAAUCCUGCUACUACGCAAAGACGAAAAUAAUAAAGAGCUCCGUAUACAAGCUGCUCGAGAUGCUAUUGAACUACUCCCUGGUCUAGUAUCUAACUCAACCCACGUGUAUAAUGGGCUAGUGUGGCAGUUAUUAUACUACCCAUACACGCCAUUCUUUACAAUUUUCGGCUACAUCAUAAAGCAUCCCUCAUCACCCACCGUGCACCAAGACCUUGAACUGCUAAAUCGGACCGCCACUUAUUUCAACAGUAUGAAACGGCUCGGAUCCCUUCCCGAAGCCUCCUCUAAAUUGGAAAGAACGGCUCUCGUGUUCUACAAGUUAGCUUGCUUCAUCACAUCAAAGGAGUAUGCGAAUUCAAAUGUUCAAGGUACUGAGUCAACUAUAGCAACCGCAAGUUCAGAGGACACUCCUGUCCAAGAGAUGGAUAUCCUGUCAAGGGGGAUUGACUUUGAGUCGUAUACUGACGCCUUCAUGGCCUAUAUCAAUGAUCAGGAUAGUGUUGCACAGCCGGGGUUUGACAAUAUUGAUAUUGAAAACAUAUUGGGGUGUUUGGAGUCUGAUGACGCUCCACAUCGUACACGUAAACGAUCAUUUGAAAGCACACUGGAUUGGUUCUCUUGGGACUCUCAAUACUAUCAAGACUAG